UGGACUGCUCCUUGCUGUCAGAAUGAUGGGUGUGAUCUACAGCCCUGCUCUGAACCCUGUGAGAGCUAUGUAUCUACUCAUCUUGACUGGGUGUCUCGCUCUGCUCCCACCUGGCUGUAUCAAUGCUGAAGAGAUAGCAAUAGGCUGUAUACAAUGGGUGCCCAAUGGAUCUGCAGAUGUCUGCUGUGUUAACUGCAAACCAGGGAACCGUUUAGUUAGCCGCUGUGGUCAAGAUCCCAAAAAACUGUGUACUCCUUGUGAGGAAGGCACCUACACAGAAGACCCUUUAAAGUUUUCCUGUAAACGAUGUACCAAGUGUACAGGUGCCUUUAUUCUUAAAAAAAGUUGUACAACCACCAAGGACACUGAGUGUGACUGCAGAGCGGGGUACAAAUGUGGUGAUGAGCGCUGCACCUUCUGUGUCAACGAGUGUGGCAAGGGCGAAGAGCCUACCAAUCAACGAUCGUGCCAAAAGUGUCCUCAAGGGACAUUCAAUGACCAAAUACACCAGAAGUGCAAACCUUGGACAACCCGCUGCCCCCAUCCAAACCAACACAUUGUUGCUAGCGGGGAUGCAGUCAAUGACAAUAAGUGCAGCACCAGUGAAAGGAACCACUCAGCCCCUGUGGUGGUCACCUUGCCUUCAAGAAACACAGGAAUCAGCUUUGUUCCAGAAAGCAGAGAUAACACAGGAUGGGUUGUAGCAGUCACCUGCGCUGGGUUUCUGGUCAUCGUCAUCAGCAUCAUCAGCAGCAUCAUGUUAUACAAACUUGUUCGAAAGAAACUACCCCCCAAGACCCCUAAUCCAUUCGGACCCAUAAUUCGGAAUCCCACUACAGAUGAGCCCCAGACCCUGGUAUCAUGCAGCUGCCAUCAGCCUCAGCAAGAGCAGGGAAGCAGCACCGAGUCUCUGACCUCCCAGGAGUCCAAAGCCCCACUCUUGAAUGAGAUCAGACUGGAUCAGACUGCCUAAAGUCUAGGCUCGAGCAACAACCUGGGUACUUAAAUGCUACUCUCCUACAUCAAAGCCUUUUUAACAUCAAAGAAGAAUGAAUGUGUAUGUUUUUGAAACGUGUCUACUUCAAUGUUAGUACAUUAGUUUUUUAAGAGUAUAAACCAUAAACCAUCAUAAAACACUAGUGUACAUGUACAUCUAGUUAGACUUUAUGUAUAGUAAGGUAUUUGAUGAUGGCUUCUUUGUGUGACUAGUGACAUUUGUGUUAUGAAGUGCGAGGGAGGGCUGGGCCUUCUCUGUACAGUCAAGUAAAGGUGGGAGUUCAAACCACAGCCAGUCAUUGAGUGUUCAUAUCUGCGCUCUUAGCCCCCAUGCCUCCCACGUGGGGUUCUACGUCAGGCAGCCUUUCUUGCCCUUUCCUGUAAAGGGUUUGACAUGCUUUUUUAGUGAAUGAAAAUGUGUCAUUGUACAAGAAGCAGUCAGGUAAAAAAGGACAUAAGGACACUUUUGAAAAGAGCUAUUCGAAUCAUUAGGCCUACUUUUAUUUUUUUUUAGGAAACUCAACCUUAGACAGUAUGUGUGAUUUGUAUUUUUUUUUACAGAUUUAAAGUCCACAUAAUCCUCAUUUAUUUCCAUGAUAUAAUGUAGACAUGCCCUUCAAGCAAAUGCAGCAGUGUAACUGACACUGCAUAAUAAUAGGAAGGGAGGACUUUCCUGUGGGCCUCUUGUUAUAAUAGGGUUUCCCCAGUUACUAUAAAUGUCAUGAGAAAGGUCAGAUUGCUUUUAUCAUGUGUUAUUGCAACAGAACUUAAUAUAACACGACUAAUACAAUCAAAGACUUGAUAUGAUCAAGGACAACGUUUUCUUUUUCACAAUCACUUUGUAGUUUCAACGUGUUCCUUGUUCAGUCUUGUUAUAUCAUAUGUCCAUUUGGAAACAUAGUUACAUAGUAUGCCAGCUCUGUGAUUAAAUGUCAAAACCUGUAAUGCCUCAAUGUUUCUUGUUAUCGGGUAUUGAAGAAACUUCUUACAUUCCUGUGUGGAUGUGUCAUACCAAAGACAGGGUGAAGGAAGAACAUGACUCAUAUGAAGGGGUUUGUUUUGGGUAGAGUUACCAGGUAUAUAUGUAAGCACUUUUAAUGUUAUAUAUGUUAGGACUUAAUAUCUUAAUUAGCCUUCAACAGGUAGAGGAGGAACUUUGAGUAGAGUUUAACAGCUACACUUCAAUACUCUAGAAUAGCAAUGGAUCAUUGAGUAGGUUCAAAAGACUGAUUGAGGUCACAAAAUGGAAACGUUUACGUAGUGUUGUAACGUGAAUGAAUCAUGAGUCCAAAGUGCUGAUGAGUCAUACAUGUCAUGAGUAAUACAGUAGCCCAGCCCUGAAACUGCAGAUUUGAGGUAACUGUUAGAUACAGGUCUCUAUGGAUCAAGAAUAGAUGGGUUAUUAAACAAUGGUGUGUAUACAGUCAUAUGUAUAUCUAGAAAUACUUAUUGAUCAUUGUUACUAUUUAUUUUUUCAUAUUUUAAGGGUGUAUGUUUUCUAGGCAAUGCAAUUUAAAGUUUUGAUAUUAGUAAAUAAAAAAGUAUAUUUUCUUGUUUUCCAGUCUUUCAUUUAUCAACCCUUUUAUAUCAAUUGAGACAAAAACUGUAACGAUCUACACAUGCUAUUGGAUUCCUAGAGAAAUUAUGGAGAAAUAUUGUAUAAGAUGUGAUCAACCUCAACUACAAAAUGUAGAGAUCUUGAUGGAGACAAGGGUUUCAAAAGUGUUUCUUUAUUCUCAGGGGAUAAACAACUCACAGAAGUUUUAUAAGAUAAAAAAAAGAAAAAAAAACUCUUUGGAGAGAAAUGCAAAAAAUAUGGUCAAAUUCAACAUGCUGUUGAAUACGAAAUAAAUGUUAUCCAGUUAAAUUAACCGAAUAUGAAAUAUAUUACAAAUUGUGUAUUUAUAUGUGUGGGUGCUUCAACAGUCAUGCACUGAACGAUAAUAAAGCUCUAUUAAACUUAAAGCCUUAAUUGUAAUGACUAUAAUUUUUGUAU